CAGAAAAACUCUUUGCAGAAAAGAUUAAUCUGCAACGAGAAGCUGCCGAGAACGAAGGAUCCCCUGCAGAGGUGGACCGACGUGGAAGGUGGCGUGGGGAAGUGUUGAAAUUGGCUUGCUGUCUCAGUCGGAAUGCUGAAGUCCACCCCAGGCUAUCCAUAAAGACCCCUUAGGGUCACGAGUGUUUUCUGGCAUACAGCCCACAGGGGUGCCUCACCUGGGGAACUACUUGGGUGCUCUGGAGAGCUGGGUGUCCAUGCAGAAUGAGUACAGUUCUGUUCUGUACAGCAUCGUGGACCUGCACUCCAUCACCCAGCCUCAGGACCCUCAGCUGCUCCGCGAUAACAUCCUGGACAUGGCAGCCAGUCUGUUGGCCUGUGGCAUCGACCCCACACGUUCCAUCCUAUUCCAGCAAUCUGUGGUUUCGGAGCAUACAGAGCUGUCCUGGAUCCUCGGCUGCCUCACCAGUAUGCCUCGCCUACGACAUCUACCUCAGUGGAAGAUGAAGAGUAAGCAGAAGAGUGAAGGAAGUGUGGGCCUGUAUACCUACCCAGUGUUACAGGCUGCAGACAUAUUGCUCUACAAAUCCACACAUGUACCAGUAGGGGAGGAUCAGAUCCAGCAUUUGGAGCUGGCCCAGGACUUAGCCCGAAUCUUCAACAACAAAUACGGAGAGUUCUUUCCCGAGCCUUGUGCCUUGCUCAGUUCCACACGAAAGAUUAAAUCUUUGAGGGACCCCACCUCUAAAAUGUCGAAGUCAGAUUCUCAGAAGUUAGCCACCAUCUUCCUCACUGACACCCCUGAAGACAUAGUCUUUAAGAUCCGCCGAGCAGUGACAGACUUUACCUCUGAGGUGACCUUUGACCCUGAGGGAAGGCCAGGGGUGGCAAAUCUGGUCUCCUUGCAUGCUGCUGUGUCUGGCCAGACUGUGGAGCAUGUGGUCAGCCUAGCCAGAGGACUGGACACUGGAAAAUAUAAGAACCUGGUGGCAGAGGCUGUGGUGCAGAGACUGGAACCCAUCAGAUUGGAGAUCCAGAGACUAAGAGAAGACCGGGGCCACCUGAAGAGCGUGCUGGUUGAGGGAGAAGCGAAGGCCCGCAGCUUGGCUUCUCCAGUAAUGAAGGAGGUCAGGAAACUAGUGGGCUUCUCCUGAAGGUCAGGAGGGAAGCAAUCUAUGUAAACAAUCUGUGUUACAGGUGGACAUACACCACAGUGAGCCUGGAAACGGUCACCACUACUUUUUGAUACUUGAAUGCUCACUUUUUUUUUUUUUUUUAUUAAUUUGACAGUUUUCUUCUAUUUAUUUUUAUAGCCAUAAAGGCUUCUCCUUUUGAAUAUGCAGUCCUUAAUAACAUACUUACGUCUGGUCAUACAAUUUUGUAAUUGUCACUAUAGUGAUGACAAUGACAGUCCAGAGCUCUUCUUAACCUGUGAUCGUACAACUUACUUUGUACACAUGUGCAUGGAAUGAGACCAUUUUAACUGUGCUAAGGGUAAUAUCUUCAUGCUUUGUGGUUCAUCGGCACAUUUUCUCCCACUUUCCUACCAGAUCAAAUAAACUUCAAACUGUGCA